UUCAUUCACUGCUGCUCCGAUUCUUCAACUCCCGUUAGGCAACAUCCUUACGCCCGUAGUGCUGUUAAAUGUUACAUUACGUUGUGGGCGUAAAGGCUCCUUGUAAUGGCGACCGUGCCGUUGAUGUGCCUAGGUUUGUGAAAAUGAAGCGGAGAAGAAGUUAUUUCUUAUAAGUAAAACGCCGAGGUUCCCGAGAGGAGGACUUUGCGUCUGUAACCGUCAUCUUCGUACGCGGUAAUCGUUGCUGUACUUUUCUACUUUUGUGCUCCCGAAAUGAUGAAGCUCAAGUCCAACCAAACCCGGACGUACGACGGGGAUGGCUACAAGAAACGGGCCGCCUGUCUGUGCUUCAGGAGUGAGUCAGAGGAGGAGGUGCUGUUAGUGAGCAGCAGUCGACAUCCUGAUAAGUGGAUCGUUCCUGGAGGGGGAAUGGAGCCUGAAGAGGAGCCUAAUGUUGCUGCAGCUCGAGAAGUGUGUGAAGAGGCCGGUGUGAAGGGGACCUUAGGUCGUUUAGUUGGAAUAUUUGAGAACAAGGAAAGGAAACACAGAACCUACGUGUAUGUCCUAAUUGUAACAGAAGUACUGGAAGACUGGGAGGACUUGGUCAACAUUGGGAGAAAAAGGGAAUGGUUUAAAAUAGACGAUGCCAUACAAGUGUUGCGGUGUCACAAGCCCGUGCAGGCCACCUACUUCGAGGCUCUCCAGGGGAGUUGCCUGACCAGUAAUGGAACACCACUGGUGACCACAAUAGACGGGGACCUCUCACCAACCUACAGCAUCAAUCAGAGCUCCGUCUCGGGUAUCAGAUAACUAAAACCACAACUCUGACUUCCCCCUGGAGCUUUUGCCACCACUUGCGCUCUUACUUGUCACCUCUCUCUCCUCUCCUCUUCUCUGUCCUCUACUGUUUUAUCUUUUUGUUUUUUUGUUUUUUUCAGUAACAUGGUUUGCCUUGCCGACUCCUUUGUGCCAGAAUUGUGGCACAGACUUGAUGACAAGUGUUGGGUGAAUAGUCUGAAACACUUUGUAAAUGUAAUUUUGAUCCCUGUUUUCUUCUUUUUACAAAAAAAUGCAUGAAAUAUCCCCUCAUUCCCUGUCCUUCAUGCACCCUUAGUGUGGUGUUAAAUGAAUGCAAGAACUACUUUUUACUGUUGUAAUGUAAAAGUGUAUGCAUAGUGCUUAAGCUGAUGGCUUUUGGUGGACUUUUUAAUGUCUUCUCCAUUAUUUCUGUUGUUUUCUGUGGCUGAAUGUGCCCAUAAGUGUACUCCCUCUCGUUGUAAGGUUAGGAAAUAGUGUCUGUAUCUGAAGCAAACAGAUUUGUGGGAAGCGUCUUGCAUGAGCCUCUGUUAUGUUGUCGCUCACGUGAGUGACCUGAUGCUGACUGUGCAACAGAUCAGAUUAGUAGCAAGGUCUUUGGCAUUUCUCCAUUUUCUCCUUACUGUAGUUAUUUAGUUUUAUUUUUUAAGCACAGCCCCAUUCGAUAGACUUUCAAGUGUCAACUGUGUUUCUCUUUAAUUUGGGAAGCUGGCCAAGCACUACAAGUUUCAGUCUCAAGCUGAGCGUAUACAGUACACUGUACAGAGUGCAAGAAUGUCAACAUAUAAUGUCAAAUGAAGCCCUCUUUCUCCUUGACUUCUUUUCCUUAUUUUAAUCCUUUUUUUCUGUUCUAAAAUACUCUUGUGACUACAAAGUCUUCCACCCUAAACUUAGAGGGUGAAAGACGUAUAUUUGAAGAAUCCUGCAUUUUCAGAAUUAAGCACAUAUCACUUAAGUUAUUAAAACCCGUGUCCAUGUUUUACUCCUCACAUUCAGUUUGGUUGAAAAACAGUUGUUUACAUUGUGUUCGUACCAUAGCACAUGACUUUAGAGGGCACUUUCAUUACAUACAUUAUUAUUUUUUUUAACCCUACUUCGAUUAGUAUUUAAUCUGCAUCCCCAAAAACACUCGGAACACCCGAUUGACGUUGAAAGUAAUGGAUCUGUAAUGCUGUCUUUGGCAAAGAUGCAGAACAAACAAGCCUUGUACAGUUUGAGAUCUUGUUUUUUAACUUGUAAAAUGCUUUUGGAUACUUUUUCUUUCUUUUUUUUUUUUGUUUCUCUCUGUCUGGCAAGUCUCUUUAGCCGAGCUGCGUCACGUGGCCGCGACACGUCAUGCGGCAGCAGGUUCAAUACUGUGAAACUGGAGGCGCUGUAGAUAGCAUGUAAGAGGUUUUUAUUGUAAAUUGUGUAUUUCUGUAUAGAUCAGUGGUGAGAGUACAAAUGACAAAACACCUCCUACACAUCUGUGAGUGCUAUGUGUCAUUUCAGCUGUGGCUGGAAAACUGAUAACAUUGGUCGGCUUUGGAGCUGUUGGGAUUUUUCCUUUUUGAGAUGGCAAACUGUACACCUGAGACUAAAGAACAAGGAAUGUGGUGGUGAGAUAAAUUAAAAAGCCUUUUAAAUUAUAAAAAAUAUACAUAAUGUCCCUUCAAAUUCUCAACUGUAAAGGUAUACCUGUUCAUUUUUGGUUAAAUUGUAAAAUAAAGAAUAAUUACCAGUGAAGUUUCCAAGCUACUGCUUGGUUGAGAGAUUAGAAAGUCUGUAGUCUUGAAUUUGGUUUACUUUUCCUGUAGAGGGUUUCUCUCAUUGGUCUGCCCUGAAAGCACAUUGUUAACAUUUGUUUAUGUCUAUGUUCAAAUCUAUUGUAAUACCCUUUUUCUGAGGUUAUUUUGGGGUACUGUAGAAAAUCUGCCUUAUAAUUGUCUGGCAUAUUAAUAAAUCUGUCCUGAUUAAAAGCCAAAAGGCCCAGACAGAUACGUUUAUUUGUAUUAACUGCAGCGAAAUUAAUGUAAAUUACAUAUGAGAACCAGAUCAAUGUGCUUUAUUGUUUUUAAAUACUAUUUGAAUAGCAAACUUUGAGCACCCUAUUUGGGGUAAAUCUGUGUAGUUUCAUUUUGAUCAUGAAUGCUUUCCUAUCAAAUGCUGCCAGCAUCUGUAAAAUCCACAAGUUCAUCUCUGAUUAAGGGAACAUUUAAUUAAAGCAAAAGGGUGUGCAUUUCAUCUAUAAAUAUGCCCAGGAAAUAGUAUAACUGAAAUCUGGUGUGAAACCCCUUGCAGAAAAUUGCAUUGAGAACUGAAAGCUACUUGAAAAAUGUCUUAGAAGGAGCAGGAUGGUGAAGAUUCAAAUGAUUUCCUCGUUGGUGUGUCGGGUUGGCAAUCUUCUACCUGAGACUUUGGACUGGGUUUACUGCUGUGCAUCUGCAGGGUGUGGUGGUUAAAGUCUUGCUUUACGAUUCCCCGCCUGGCAAUAGAUUUGUCUAUUAGACCAUUUAUGUAAAAGUGAUAUUAGGCGUUAAUGGGAAAACCUUUUUAAAGAAGUUACUUAGAUUAAUUGGCAAGGAUUUAAUUUGCUCUUCAGAGUGACAGGUGCUGUCAAAAUGAAUGUGAGGAGGAGUUCCACAGGUAGUAUCCAGCAAUGUAAUUAUUAAUUACCACUUGUUUCUAACCAUUGUUUUCCAUUACUUGAAUCAGUUGUCUGUGAUGAGCUAACGCCUUGUAUAAACAGGUAUAACACCGACCUGAAAACCAGAGGAAGCACUUUGGCUGUUUAAUUAGAACUAGCGUUGCUUUGUUGGAAAAACCUUGCUGAAGUCUUGAAAUACAGAACGAAUCUUAGAAAAAUAAAUGUUCACAUUGGUAAGGAUGGCAUAAUUAAUGCACCCCUUUUUCUGCCUAUGAAACUGGCUCUGUAGUAUGACUGACGCAAAAUAGAGGGCGUUGGUUACACAACUCGGUGUUCAAACAUCACUUCCUCCACCAAAUUUGGAAGUUAAUUUUGUUUGCUAUGCCAGUGAAAUGGCUCCAUCCUGUUGCCAUGGCAUAUGUAUUAAAAGCACAUCUCAACAGCUGAGGAUUGUAAACAUUUAGUUUUCUUUAUCAGCUGAAUGACCGCAAAAAUCUUUUCUACGCAAUUCAAGAACCCCCUAACCCCAAAUACACUUGCAACUGAAUUACAAACGUGUAAACUUCUAGCUGUGGCGCUCAGCCUGGAAGUUACAUACUUGUAAAUGUUUUAUUUUUGUGUCACUGGAAUAUAGUUUUCCUCUUUUGUCAUUUGGGACAGUGAAAUAAAACCAGAGCAAGACUGCAGAUUGUAAUAUAAAUGUGCCAACAAAUAAACACCAGUAUUUCA